CCUUCCAUAAAUAGCAGGCACGUGGUGCUGACUCAGGAUUCCCCGCAUUCAGCCUAGUCUCGUUUUUUUCUCUUCUCCGACUCUCCGACUGCGGGAACGAGUCUGGAGGCGAGUUCAAUUGGUUCUUUCCCGACUCACAUUACAACCUCUACUUUCCCCCCCGAACACUCAAUCACCAACAGGUCGCGUGACAAUGUGGACUUUACAGAGCACACCAUGAAGUGUAAUGCGCUCUGACCCACGGUAGUGCUAACGUCCCUCGAUUGUGCUCCAGGCUCGUCGCAUUCGGCCGGGUUAUACCCCUCAUUUUGACCAACUGAGAUCGGCCGACUCCGAAAAGUCCCCGGAAUCUUUUCCCCAGACCGUUUCCCACACCCACUCAAUUCUACCCUCCUGCCGGUGCCUCGUUCUCGGGUUUGCGCAUCAUGUCGCCUGCAACCCUUCAAGUCAAUCCUAGUUCGAAGCUACCGUCGCCCGGGUUCAACGCCGGUGCGCGACCUUACCGAUCCCACAAGGUCCGCGCAUGCGACCUGUGUCGCAAGCGCAAGUCCCGAUGCACGGUCGAUAUCCCGGGCCAAUCCUGCCUCCUAUGUCGCGUACAGGGGGCAGACUGUCAUUACCAAGAGGAGCCCAAUCCGGACUCCUCGGUUUUGAGCACAACAGAAACCAAGCCGUGGUCGGGAGCGCCGCCGGCUGAACCCUUGUCGGGACAGAAGCGCAAGCGCAGCCCUGAGAGGCUUCCUGAGAGGCUUCCUGUCUCGCGUCAGUCCACCAAUGGACCUAGUCCACAAGCCACAACUUCCUCUGGUCGCCGUGGUAGUGAUGCACGACGCAAAGAUGACGACCCGCACAAUGAGUCAGUCCUCAUUGUCGGGCCUAUGGUUGCGGAGGAUGCGCAGGUCAUUGAACAACAUAUGCCCCCUGAGCGGUCGAGUCUAUCCGAAGAACCCAAUAGCCACCCAUACAAUAUCUACUCGAGCGAUCCUCGGAAGCCCGUGCUUUAUACCACAAUCUCACGACGGAGGAAGGGUAUGCGCCGGGGAGUUCCGCCUGGUGAAAACCAGAGAGAGAUUUUGGAGCAAAUUCUGGGUCCUUUCAAGCACGACCUUGUCAAACUCUUCAUCGACCGAUUCAACGUUGCAUUCCCGAUAUUUGACGGCGAACAAUUCUGGGAGUCUUAUAUCACAGAAGGACUUGAAGAUCCCCCAGCGUCGCUGAUCUGCCAAGUAUAUUCAAUGUCACUCGUGUAUUGGAAACAUACCCAAAAGCUCUCAUGUCAUCCAAAGCCCGACGUUCGAUACGCCGUCAACAUGACGGUGGCUGCUUUGCACGAGGAGUUUUCUGCACCUGGGCUGUCCACGAUCAGCGCGGCAUUGAUUGACUUAACGGGAAGACCCAUUUUCUCCAUGACUGGAAACGCGAUCAGCUGUGGACGUAUGUUGUCUUUGGCCAACUGUCUCGGGUUGAACCGCGACCCAAGCCAUUGGAAACUCUCGCAACAAGAAAAAGAUCAGAGAGUACGUCUUUGGUGGGGUGUAGUAAUUCAUGAUCGCUGGGGAAGCUUUGGUCACGGUGUACCGCCACAGAUCGCCAAAAGUCAAUACGACGUACCCCUGCCUACAGUUGACAGCCUCGUUCCUCCAAAUCUUCGUACGACCGAGCGCGUGAGAGCCGCCCACUGCCAUAUCUUCUUAUGCAAGCUGACCGAGAUUCUCGGCGAACUAUUGCCUUUGGUCUACGGCUUGCAGGCCAAACCCGCACGCGAAAGCUCCAAGAAGAUCCGACAAAUCCGGACGGAUCUGGAUAUGUGGGAGGACUCUCUUCCUGACUGGUUGCGAUCACCAAUCAAUAACCGCGGGGAGCAACUGUCAGCUUCCAGCAGCUUACAACUCGCUUUCUUGGCAGUCAAGAUGCUUGUCAGCCGAGUGGAAUUGAAUGAGGUCAACAACGCUGAUACCGAUAACCCCGAGGCUCGUCGCUAUUUCCAAACCGAAUGCCGCAGAUCCGCAGAAGAGAUAGUGCGCUUCAUUACCUCGUUGCGAAAGGAUAAUUUCAAAGAAUUUUGGCUGCCAUACAGCGCCUUCCACUUAACGUCCACGGCCACCCUCCUGGUCCGCUGCGCCCUCGAAACGAACGACACCGAAGUAGCCCGGUCCUGUCUUGCCAACGUGGAAACCCUGCGCAACGUUUUACGACGCGUUCGUGAAGAGGAAGACUGGGAUGUAGCUGACAUGUGUCUGGAUCACUGCGAACGAAUCAUGCACCGACUCCCUGGUACCGGUGCCUCCAUCGACCAGCCGCUUACUGCAGCGGCAAUGACUGAUAAUGGACUGGUCAACCCAGCUGCGAUUUCACUGCCCGAGACACAAACCAAUAACGAUAUUGUGGAUGAUAUGAUGUCUAUUUCGAAUACGUUCGGCACAAUGGAUGGUUUCCCCUUCGAUAUGACAGGUAUCUGGGAUGUUUCCGUAUUCCAGGAUGUCAAUCUGCACGAGGGAUGAGAGAACAUGUACUUAACGUUGCACUUUUUUUUGGUUUCCACGGGCUUGUUCAUACUCCUGAGUCUGUUUAGAGUUUGUUUCGCGUCUACAAGGGCAGGCAGGGGGGGUGUACUUUAGAUGGCCCAUUUUCUCGCAGUAUAUAUACCCAAAAGGUCCACUUUCAACUUGGACCGUGCAAAUAAAGGAUAAUAUCAGUCUAUCAGAGUCUCAAGUUUCUUUUUGUCAUAUUAGUGCAUUUGAACCAAAUUUUGUACAUGGAGAAUCAAGAAACAAGAGAAAGAAUCAGACUCCCCAAAGCGCUAUUUUACAAUCGUUCCAAAGAUGAGGGAAUGCUCAGAACGAACCCCAAGAAAACCAUCUAAAUGACCUGCCCCUUGCCCGCCAAUGACAAAAACAAACCCCAGAGAUGAUGAGUCGGGAAGGAAAUAAAAAGAGCGGAAGAUUCGAGAGUAUAAGAAGUCUGCCGCAGGUGAUUGAAGGGGGCAAGAGGUUUACUCCUUGCUAGAACCCAUCCCGAAGAUACCGGUGAAAGAGCCCUUCAUGCUGUUCAUCUGCUCCUGACGAGCCUUCUCCUCUUCGGCGGCCAUUUCGGCCAGCCACUUCUCGCCGUUCUCGCGGAUCUCACGGUCAAUCAUCUCGUAGUUCUUCUGACCACGCUCGCGGAUCUGAUCCCAGAGCAUCUUGCCCUGAGCGAGACCCUCCGAAGGCGACUGCUCGCCAUCAAUUGCACGGCUGGACUUCAGGCCAAGAGCGGAGGCAAGGCUGCCCAUGCCAAUGGAGGGCUUCUUCUUCUGCUCUUCGGCGAGCUCCUUUUCGAAGCGCUCACGCAUGGCUUUCUCACGCUUGGUGAACUCCACGGGGAUGCUGGUACCCUCGAACGACUUGAGGACGGGGCGAACAUCCUCUACGCCCAUACCGGCAAGGUACUCCAGGAACGGGAUCAGGGCAACAAGUGUCUUGUCCUGAGCAUCACCGGUCCACUUGUCCAGAAUGAUGGCGUUCUCGGGCUGCAGGCGGGCGUGCUCCUCCUUGGUGUCAAUCAGAAUGACCUUGGAUAGGUCACGGUUCAGAUAAGACAGAUCCUAG